AUGCAGCAAUUCAAUUUCAGCAGUGAAGAAAUUCCAGAAGUUUGGAAUGUGCCAAUGUCGAGUUCCACUCAAAUUUAUAAGGAUCCUUUGGAUUUGGAGCAUGAACAAGGAAGAAAUAGUUGCAUUUCGAAAAUUUCCAGCAAGUUUUCUCUAGAUGAGCAGUUUCCAGCAGCAGCAACUCCAGAAAGCAGUAAAUCUAGAAAUGCAGGAUUUCAGAAUUCAGAGCUGAGCAUUCCAUUGCCUUUCCCUCAACGCAAAGUUCAACCAAGGAAGAAUGUAGAGGAGGAGAAAGCAAAGGAGUUCCAAGAGCUUGCGGAUUUAUUUAGCAAGGUGGAAGUAAAUGUUCCUUUACUCACAAUGAUCAAGCAAAUUCCAAAAUAUGCAAAAUUUUUGAAGGAUCUUUGUGUGCACAAGAAUAAAUUGAAGGGGAAUGAGUUGAUUAGCAUGGGAAAAAAUGUAUCUGCACUUCUUCAACCAGUUCCUCAGAAAUGUGAAGAUCCUGGUGUGUUUACAGUCCCUUGUGAGAUUGGAAGUAGUCUUUUUAAGGAUGUCAUGCUAGAUUUGGGAGCUUCAAUUAAUGUGAUGCCAAAAUCAGUUUUUCAGACUUUAGGCAUUGGACCAUUACAACCUACAGGAGUAGUCAUUCAGUUAGCUGACCGCAGUCAGACUCAUCCAGCUGGAGUUAUUGAAGAUGUAUUGGUUAAGGUGAGAGAACUCAUUUUUCCUGCAGAUUUUUAUAUCCUUGAUAUGGAGGGAGACUAUCUGGCCAGUAGAUCUCCACUCAUUCUAGGACGACCAUUCUUGAAGACUGCGAGGACAAAAAUUGAUGUUCAUGCGGGCACACUUUCUAUGGAGAUAGGUGAUACAGUGGUCCAAUUCAGUAUUUUUGACGCUAUGAAACAUCCUAGAGAGGAUCAUUCUAUUCUUAGUUUGGAUAUCUCAGAGGAGCUGGAUAGUGUGGAUUUCUUUUCAGAGAUUGAUGCAGAUUUUGUAGAGAUUGGUUCCGGUGAUGUUUCGGUUACAGCUUUUGAGGACGUUUCAGAUUUGGGGGUGUAUGUUAAGUCAUGUGAAUUAUUUUCGAUGGAGUCAGAUGAUUUAUGUGUAGGGAAUUGCUUAGGAGAAGCUUUAUCCCUAGGAUCGCCCAGAGAAGAAGAAGUAUGCGUAGGGGAUUGCUUAGGAAAAGCAUUACCCCUAGGAUCGCCUUCUAUUGAUCAGACACAGGAUGAGUUGAAGUUGUUGCCUUCACAUUUAAAGUAUGCUUACUUAGGAGAAAACUAG